AUGGGGCACAGACAGGACUCGCCCGUCACAAACCGACACCAUGAGCCGGAUGACUGGGAGGAGUGGGAGGAUGACGACGUCGUCACCCCCAUCGAUGCCGGAGUGCAGGUUUCGAUACCUCCGCCGCUGCAACCUGUCACGUCGCGAUCCCGGACCUCGCUCAAGCCCUCGACUACCAGAACUUCACGACUUUCGACGGCCAAGGUCAGGCGGCUCAAGUCUCGGCAUCGACAAAAGGCGCAAAACGAAAAGGCCGGCAUUCGACUCAUCACCGACAUGAGCGCCUUCAAGCGAAACAACCACAUCGCUCAUCAAAUGCGCGCCGCCGGCGAGCCGCAGCCAAAGUUUGUGGACGCCGCGGCGCUCCGAGCGCUGGAGGGAGAGCCAAAUUCUGCCUCUGUCGGAAACUGGAACUGGCUCAAGAGGGGCAAGACACAGACACCGGAGUCUGCCACGCCACAAAGAUCAGCACGCACAGAGCAGGAGCUUUCCCCCGAUGACCGGCCCAUUGUCAUUGGAAUAUCUCUGCCGUCUGAUCAAAUGAGCUCGCGCGAUAUCAGUCCCCAGACGGCCAACACCCAAACGCCCAGGACUCCUGUCUUGAAUAAUGCGACGGGAAGGCUGAUACCCACAACCGGGAGCUCAGCUACGGACGACCCGAGCACAAACUUGCAAAGAUCAGUGUGGUCUCCAGAUACCCCGGAUACCACCAACUCUUUUCGGUCGAACCGAGCUGCCUCGAGUAUCUAUUCGCAAGCGACACUCGCUGGACUGGCUAUCAGCCAACGGGCACCCCCAGUGCCGGCUGUCCCUGACACCUACAAGGCGUCUCAGCCAAGGAUACUUAGCCUUGAGCUUUCGCACAGCCCAGAGGAGGAAGACAGUGGAACGCCCUGCACGCUGUUUGAAGAAGAUGGCCCGUCUCCCCAAAAGCAAGCCCAGGGAAGGAUUCCAGGCGUCUCCCCUGAGAGUGCCGGAUCCAGAUCGCAAGGGUGGUGGGACCAUGUCGUCACCCCUUUCGUCGACAAGACGUUCUCGUUCUCUAGCCGGAAGCUGAAGGCUGCGUCCCCAAGAGAUGAGGAACGAUCGCCUGGGAAGUACGCAUACAUUGACGAGAAACGCCUUGAGGACCAGUCGCUGCAGGUGCCACGGGUCAUGGCGCAAGCACCCAUAGUGCGCGCCCCGACACCUCGGAAAGCUCAGGGGUCGCAAUCUGAAUUGCAACCGGCGCCAGAGCUAGAGGCGUCGUCAUCGAAGAGUGCUCCAUCACUGUCCAAGGGGUGGACAGUUCAGGAGAAGCAUUACACGGUCAUGACGAACGAGAGCAACAGGGACCAGCCACCGCCGUAUUCGCCCCCGAAGAAGCACGACAAGGCGGCAGUGCGAUACAGAGCGCUUUUCCCGCCUGGUCAUCCGUUGCAGGCCCAAUUUCCUCCGUCUCCUGGUCCGGCGUCUCCCGGCCUCGCGGCGACAAUGACGUCUCAAGGCGCAACACAAUUAGUCAACGUUCCUCUGACGCCCACCAUCCGAAGCCAAACACCCCCAAGGAAAGAAGAGCCUUUGCCGCCUCGGCCGCUGGGCACAUAUCUCCCACAGGAACACGCACAUGCAGCCCGGGGCCAGUUUCACAAGGUUGAAAGACGAAGGCGCCGCCACGAGAAGGAAGAAGUCGUCGCUCGACGGCUGGGCGGCUUCUGGAGAGGCCGAGGUUGCGUUCCGGCGGGCGGUUGCUAUGGCCGCACUGGACGAGAAGGCCGCAAGCGCCGGCGAGUCUGGGUGGCGAUCUGGACUGGAAUCAUCGCUCUUAUCAUUCUCAUCGUCGUCCUGGCCGUCGUGCUCACCAGACAUCACGGCACCACCGCAGAACAGUCGAUAUGGGUUAACCUCACAGACUUUCCGCCAAUGCCUACGGGUGUCCUGACAGUAGUGGGCCCAGAUAACAGUGCCUCCAAAAGCGUCUGCACUGAGCCGUCGACUCUCUGGAGCUGUUCGCUCCCCAAAGACCAGCAAGACUCUGUCGCCCCGUACAAGGCCAACCAGCCGACCGUGAUCAUGCAGAUCCAAUGGGACAACAGCACAAAUAAUGGUUGGAAAGGCUCAGGCGGUGAGAAGCCUCGGAGGGGAUUGUCGGCUGUCGCGGCCGCUGCCGGGGCAAUUCUUCAAGCAAGGCAGGGAGCGAGCGGAUUUGUUCCCCAGCCAGCGGCGCCGAGCUUUAAGGAGAUGUUUUUCUUGGGCAACACCACGGACAAUGUCCAGGCCGAGAACAAGGCGGGCGAGCCGACCCCGUUCUACAUCAGCCUGCUCAAGUCGAUGAACGAUACGGUCAGCUUUCCGUCGCUAACAAAAAGGGGACCAAGUAACCAAAUCGGCAACCAGAGCCUGGUCGCGCUACUACCUGCUCCGGAUCUGGACUCAGAUGGGACGCCCGCACCCGCCGCAAUGCUUCCGAAUCCUGUCAAGCAACCCGUGCGGCUCUUUGACCGAGGUCUCCCCACGGAGCACUACGCAUUCUACACUCAUUUCAAGAGGACCAUCUUCGUACGGUCCGCGACGAUACUGAACAAGACGGACGAGGGCAACGUCCCACUAGAUGAGAACGGCGGAUGCCGCAAGACCGAGGCCGACUUUCUGGUGACGUGGGCCGAAACGCGGGUGCUGCUGCAAAUUUGGACUCGAGCACUCAGCUCCAACACGUCGUCACUCCUGAACGCGGACACAGGGCGCGGCAUCACCGGUACUGGGGAGCUUGUUCGGCCAGGAACAAUGCCGUACCCUGUGACUGUGACGAUCGAUACUCACGGCGGCGACCCGAAGAAGAAGCUGGUGUGGUACUGGCCCAUGGACAAGCGGCUGAAGCUCGAUACGAGCAAGCCCGCUCUCCUGGCCAACAACAUGGGCGUGGGCGGGACCUGGAUCAACCCACGUGGAACCGGCGAUGCGAGCGUCGGGGGCUUCGAUGGAGGAACUGGCGGAUGCAAGUGCGAGUGGGUAAACUGGGUUCAGACACGGAAGUGA